AUGCAUGUUGCUACCAGACCCUACAUCAAGGCUGGUAGCAGCUCGCUGUGGGAUUUGCUUAUUUUCCCACAUGACAAAACGCAGUGCACUCGGCGGGGCAUCAGCGAGAGACACCUGGGUGCCAUUCUGCGAUUUAUGGACUUUGAGUUCCUUCUGCAAAGGGCCAGCGACGACUGGGGCUAUGUGGUGGAUUGGUCCAAGGUGUUGGGUCCAGCCGAGCUCUACGCUGUGAGCAUUUGUCGGCUUUUGUACCAUUCUCCGAGAUUUGCCAUUGUUGACGAGACGCUGGAUUGUCUGCAGCCGGACCAGGAUGCACCGGGUGACGCUUUUGGCAUGGCUGAGUCCAAUCCUUUUGACAAAGAAACCACCCAUGGGGCCUGCGUGGCCUGCCUGAGCGAGUUUACCCGUGUGCUGCGGGUUUCUAGGGACGCAUGGGAGUUUGGCGCCGUUGGUAGUGCACAGCAGCAGGGCCAGUGUUCGGGCGGAGGAGCCCGAGUGGCUGUGGGCGACGGCCGAGACGAGGUUCAAAGGCGUCCGGGCAGGCUUCUGAGACGCACAUCGACGCUGAGUCAGUGCUCGACGACGGAGCGCCGCUGGCGCACCAGUGACUCGCUAGGGUCACGCAGGCAGUCCUAUGUCAUUUCUCCUUCGCUGACCGUGCGCUCCAGCUUUUCGGACUUUUCGGCCAUUGAUCAGUCCUCCACUUUUGGAAGCGGCACAGCGCGCAUGCUGGCUAUUGACAGCGCCCUGGCCAAGUACGCGAGCACGGUAACCAGGACGGUGACUAGGCGGCAGCCGCUGUUGGCUGCCUCGGAAAUAUUUGCCGCCGAGAUUAUUACCUCAAAACCAGCGAACGAUGCCGACAGCAAUGCGAACAACGAAGUCGACAUUGACAACAUUGAGGAUAUUGACGACAUCAGCGAAAUCAGUGAAAUCGACGAGAAUUCCAGUGUGGUUGAAGACAUUGACAAAGUUGAGAGUGGCCAAGACAACGAUAUCAACAAUAUGGAGGAAAUUAAUGUGGAGAUAAAUGCAAGGGUCGAGGAGAAGGUGAGGAGAGAGAUCGAGGAGAAAGAGGUCAUCGAGGUCAUUGAGAAGAUCGAGGAAAAGGAGGAGGCCAUCGAGGAGAUUGAGGAGAUCGAGGACAAGGAGGAGUUCAUCGAGGCCAUUGAGGCUAUCGAGGCCAUUGAGAAUAUCAAGGAGAAGUUGGUCGAGGUCAUUGAGAAAGAAGCAAAUGCCGCUGAGCAAGAGUAUAUCAAAGAAGUGUACAGCCCAGUAUCCGCAAGAACACUGGUCGAUGGCGCUGCACCAAGCAUGCUGGAGAAGAUCCGGCCAGAAAGCCCAGUGAACUUUGCCCUGCCGACAGCUAAUAAGUACCAGCGCUCAUCGAGGCCGAGACGUGAUUCGCUGCACCGCAGCGGCGCUGAGACGCUGGUGUCAUCGCCACAGUAUUCGGGGACUGCGAGAAAGUCAUUUAGCCGCUACAGCACCGCUGAUAUGUCGCUGUCCUGGCUGUGGCGGCAUGGCGCUGAGUGA